AUGGCAUCCUCGCCCAACGAGUCGAGCCCUCUAUUGCCUGAUCCCAACAAGGAGCCCACGAAACGAGCCGAGAUGAGCGCGUCGAUGUACUGGCGCGUCGGAGCCGUCUACGGCGCCACGGCCGUGGCAAUGGGUGCCUUUGGCGCCCACGGGCUCAAGAAACGCAUCACGGACCCGCAGAAGAUUGCGAGCUGGGCCACGGCGGCUCAUUACCAGCUGCUUCAUUCCGGCGCUGUCAUGCUGGCAUCCGCGGUUGGAAGCGGAAACCCCAUGGCGGCCGGCCUCUUCACGGCGGGUAUGACCAUGUUCAGCGGCAGCAUCUACGCCUUGAUCCUCGAUCCGGAGAGAUUCAAGUUCCUUGGUCCCGUGACACCCAUCGGAGGAAUUUGUCUUAUCACUGGCUGGAUUGCAUUGGGCUUCUUCACCAAGCGUGGUCUGCGUCUAUGA